AUGCUCAAUUAUGUUUCGUCCCUUAACCCGCGGUCAAGGGAUGAGUUCGGUACUGCUGUUGAGCUCUCUGGUCCAGCGAGUGCCGGUGAACCCCUUGCCUCCAACACCUGGUGGAAGGCAUGGGCUUCGUUCGUUGCCAGUAAUCAGUCCAUCCCUGAUCAGUAUGCUUGGCAUAUGGAGGGAGGAGGCGGAGACCUUCUUUCUGCGCAAGCAGGUCUCAUUUACUGGCGCGAGACAUAUGAUCUCCCUGAGAAGUUAAUUAACAUCAAUGAGUACGCUGUUUACGACGAACAGGUCCCUGCCGGAUCCGCUUGGUGGAUCAGUCAAUUGGAACGCAUCAACGCACGCGGUCUGCGGGGGAACUGGCUAAGUGGGACUGACCUUCACGACUAUAUGGCCUCUCUCCUGGGCAAGUCCGGAUCCACCUACUAUCCCAACGGAGACUACCAGGUGUAUAAGUACUACUAUCAAAACAUGACUGGUUAUCGGGUGGGCACCCUUCCUUCGUCUGACCUGAAGUUGGACGCCUAUGCGACCGUGGGCUCGGAUUACGCUCGUGUGCUGGUCGGUGUGCGAGCUGAUACAGGUACCUGGGAGUUGGAGUUAAACUCCCUAUCAUCCUUGGGUUUGCAGGUAAGCGGGACGCUGAAUGUACAUACCUGGGGUUUUCCAGUGGCCUCUGAUGUGCACUAUGGAGAGGUCAAUGGGCCAACGGACCUGGGCUGGUAUGGUCACACCUAUUCAGGGGACACUGUUACUUUCCCUGUUUAUCAGACGGAUAAUGUGACUGCGUAUGCCUUUGAGUUCGCUGUCUAA